AUGCAGCACCCAUUCUCAAAAUUAAAGUUGAAGAGCAGAGCUUCAAAUAUUCCAGAUGCAGAUCCUGCAAUUACCCCCGGUAAGCCACCAAGCACAAAACAGAUCUACCAAUCGAGAUUAAACUACGGGGUCAACUUUGGAUCCAGCUUUGUUCUAGAAAAAUGGAUUUUUGGUGACUUAUUCUCUGAAACUAAAGGCGACUCCGAAUUAGACGCCGUGUCGUCUUUGGUGGAUAAAAACGGAGUUGAUGAUACGAGGGCCAAAUUUGAGAACCACUGGAACAGCUACGUAUCCGAUGACGAUUGGAAAUGGUUGGCCGAUCACCAAGUUAACUCGAUCAGACUACCAAUUGGAUAUUGGGAUGUCGAUGGAGGAAGCUUUACUUCGGGAUUCAAGUUUGCAAAAUACAAAGCUGUUUAUGCAAAUGCAUGGUCAAUUAUCAAGAAAAAGUAUAUUGAGCCUGCUUCGAACCACCAAAUCUCAGUUUUGAUCGAUAUUCACGGAUUGCCCGGAGGAGCCAACGAUUCUAGCCACUCGGGUGAAGGUGGUUCCAAAGGUGGAUUUUGGAAAGAUGAAAAGGCACAAUUGGAAAUAGCAAAAUUAGCUGGUUGGGUUGCCAAUGACUUGAAGAAUUACGAAAACAUUGCCGGCAUUCAAAUUGUCAAUGAGGCAGAAUUUGCCGAUCCAGCAAAAAAGCAAGCAACUUACUACGCAGCUGCAAUUUCAGAAGUGAGAAAGAGUGACAAGCUGAUCCCUGUUGUAAUUUCUGAUGGGUGGUGGCCGGAGCAAUGGGUUAAAUGGGUCCAACAAGAACAAGGAGAUGAUGGAUACAUCGGUGUGGUUGUGGAUGACCAUGUUUACCGUUGUUUUUCCGACUCAGAUAAGAAAAAGUCUGCUGAACAAAUUAUUGACGACUUGAAUGGUGACGUAUUGACUAAUUUGACUGAUGAUGGUAAAGGUGUCGACUUUAUUGUUGGUGAAUGGUCCUGUGUAUUAGAUCAGCAAACAUGGGGUCACACAAAAGGUAACAGAGAUGAUUUGGUUGUGAAAUAUGGUCAACAUGAGCUCCAAGCCAUCGAAAAAAGAGCCAGUGGAUCAUACUUUUGGACAUUCAAGUUCCAAUCUGGAAACGGUGGCGAAUGGGAUUUCAAAACAAUGACAGACAAAGGUGCACUUAAACCAUUUCCCAAACCUUCCAAUCCACCAUCUGACGACCAAUUUAAUCAAGCUGCAGACAACGCUACCAACAACCACGCUAAUUAUUGGAAAGAUCAAGACCCAAAGGGAAAAUACGAACCUGAUUUGUUCAAAGACGGUUUCAGCACAGCUUGGAAAGAUGCCGAUUCGUUUGCAAAAUUCAACGGCUCGAGAAUCGGAAGAAAGGAGGCUUUAAAGAGAUCAAGAUUACUCGAAGCACUUUCCAAUAAGAAAGGCUCUCAAAAGAAUAUCUGGGAGUGGGAGCAGGGAUACGAUGAAGGGUUGAAGGAGUUUUAUAAUGCAACAAUCCAUUAA